AUGCGGCAAGAAUCAUGGUUAGACGGUGAUUACCUUGGAAAUGACAAAUAUGUGCUAAGUUAUUACACUAAUAUGGGCGAUACAAUUGAUCGGUGGGAUCCUCCGAAGAACUCCGCUAUUCAGAUAGCUGCAGCUAUCACAGCAUGUUCUAGUAUCUAUAUGUACCCUUACAUCUCCAGAGAUGACUGCUACUACACAGACACAGACUCAGUCGUUCUAGGCAAACCUCUACCUGAGGAAGUCGUAUCUUCUUCCAUAAUAGGUAAGUUUAAGUUAGAAGCAAGAAUCAAGAAGGGAUUCUUUUUGGCUCCUAAGAGCUAUUACUACAGCUCGAAAGAUAAAGGUGACGUUAUUAAAUACAAAGGAGCAGCUAAAGAGCAUGUCGAUGCUGAAUGGUUUGAGACUCAGUACAAGCAUCCUGAGAACAUAGUACAGCGGGAAUUUGUUUCCAAUUUCAGGGUGAAUGUUAAAAAACUUUCAGUAUAUAAACGGAAAGGAAAGGUCACCGUUGCAUUAGCAUUGAACAACAAACGAAUGCUACUCCACAUUGGUGGUAAAUGGAUUGGGAGAAGAAAAUGA